AAUGUUCCCAUUGUAUUCAUGUAUUUGCCACCUCUUCCCUUUGUCAUUUUAUCAAAAACACCUUGCUUGCUUGCAUUGCAUCAUAUCUCUCUAUUUCUUCACACCCUUUUCAUCAUUUGCAAAUGGAAGUCAGGAGGAGCUCAGAGAUGCCAUGUAAGAUCCGAAAGCGGAGGCUCACUACGUCUACUCGCUCACGAUUUGUGAUGGGUAAAGCGGAUUUGAUGCAACGAAAUGAGAAAUGCGUCGAUAAGUUGGAUCCGAGUGAUUGUGAAGAAGAAGAAGAAGAGGAUACGGGGAUGUUGGCAUUGAAGAAAUCGGGAAGUGAUCAAGUGGUCGAGAAAUCGAUCAUGAAUGUUGUUGAUCGAUCACGGAAUAAGAGUCGUGUUUGUGUUCCCGAGGUAAUAAAUCCACAUUACAGACAGUCUUCAAGCUUUAUGGAGAAAGAUAAUAGCUUUGUGGGAAUGCCCUUGACUUAUGUUGCAAAACCAUUUGAGGGAAAAUCACAACCUUGUGGCGAGAUCCAAAGCGUUACUAAAGCCGAUGGGCAAUCGACGCUAAAACCGACUCAUGGUUUGGAUGAAAUUAAGCAUUCGCUAACGGUAUCAAGAGAACUACUCAAACUUUUAACUCACGUUUGGACCGCGGACACAAACCAUGAUCACCGCCAUCCAACGAGCAUUUCGCUAGCCUCAACGCUGAACCACGAGCUCAACAAGGCUAGGUAUCAUGUCAACAAGUUAAUCCAACAACAACGAGCCAACCCGACAAGUGCACAAGAGUCCAAAGACCAAGAUAAGAUCCGUUUCGCGGUCAAGACCAUAUCACGAGAACUAGAGACCGAAAGGAAACUCAGACGACAAUCUGAACGAAUGAACAAGAAAUUAGGUCGGGAACUUGCAAAUACGAAGGCGGUUUUAGCGAAAGCCGUAAAAAAAGCUGAGUCGGAAAAGCAAGCGACCGAGGUUUUGGAGCAGUUAUGUGAAAAAAUGGCGCAAAGUAUCGAAGAAGAUAGAGUCGAGCUCGAAGAGUUGAAAAAAGAAUCCGAAAGAGUUCGAAAAGAAAUGGAAGAAGAGAGAGAAAUGCUUCGUGUUGCUGAUAUGUUACGUGAAGAACGGGUCCACAUGAAGCUCAUAGAUGCAAAAUACGAGUACGAGAAUAAACAUGAACAACUGAAUAUUCUAGUACGAGACCUCGAGGAACUUUUAGAAGCGGAUAACGGCAUAGAUCAUAUAACACCUAGAGUUUUAUCAUGGUAUCAGAGCCAUAACUACAAGGACGGAAACAAAAAUGGAAGAACCACCUGGGACGAAGCUACACGUACAUUAUGGCAUGAGAGUGAAAAGGGUAAAGUGGUAAAUGACGAAAAUGCCCUUGGCGUGGAAACGCGAGGUUUGUCAUGGUUUGAGAACAAGGGUGAAGUUGUAAAUGAUCAAAUGAUAAACACACAAAAUGAGGUAGAGGUACUUAUGGGACGUAACUCCGAUUGCAUCGAGUGGGAAUUUGGACUCGACAUGAAACACGAAACAGAAGAGAAAGUUUCUCCAGGGUUGGCGUCGAUGAAAGAGUACGAAGAUGAAAUGGAGAGAUACAAAAUGAUUAAAGAUCUAAGGGAUCGUAUAGUGUCCGGUGGCUCCGACCUCUCUCGAGACACUAUCGAGUUUGGAUCGUAUAUGUAAGUUGCCAUGUGUCGUUGAUUGAUCAAUCGAUGGAUUUUCGCCGGCAAUCCUUAAAAGUGUGAAAAAUAAUGUGAACAAGGUUUAAGCAACAUGAGCUGGUCGUUUGUAAAUGUAUGAUUGAUUUAUUGAAAGAAAAUCAAGAUUAAAGGGUGGUUUGUGACAAACAAUAUCAUCAAGUGUAUUUAAAUGUAACAAAUCUUUUAACUUAA